UGUUCAGGAAGUACCCGGUGCAGCAGGUCCGGUGUCCUCGGGGCCUGCAGGAGGCGGACUUCCUGGACCUGCUGAGGUCCACCUUCCCUCAGCUCGCUGAUCAGAAACGUUUCGACGUCUUCACGUCCGACAGGAGUAGGAGACUUCAGCCUCUGAGAGCGAAGACGCUGACGCCUGAGGAGAUCUGUCGGAGCAUCAGGCUAACAGGGUCUGGAAACUCCGCCCUCUACAUCCGACUGAAGACAGGAGAGGAUCCUCAGAGCAGCAGUGACAACCUUCAUCCUCUGCAGAGAACAGAUGAUCCUCCGUCCGUCUCCGCCACGACGUCUGCUGAUGAAACCGACACACGCACCAGGUUAUCGUCUCCCAGAGUUCAGUCUGAGAGGAGGAAGCGCGGCAGACCUCGCAUUGGCGAAGAACCGACUCACCACCUGCUCAGAGUCUGCAUGCUGGAGGACUCCCAGUCAGACUUGCUCUCAAACAAAGUGCUGAUGAAGUCCUCAGUACAGGAAGUCCGGUGUCCUCGGGGCCUGCAGGAGGCAGACUUCCUGGACCUGCUGAGGUCCGCCAUCCCUCAGCUGGCGGGAGAUGACAAACAGUUUGACGUCUUAAAGUCGGAAAGCAGCCGGAGACUCCAUCGUGUGAAAGUGAAGACGAUGACGCCAGAGGAGAUCUUCAGGAACACCAAGUCCAGCUGCCCCGACAAGACACUCCUCUACAUCCGACUGAAGACAGGAGAGGAAGAGGAGGAGGAGGAGGAGGAGGAGCUUCGCCUUGUGCAGAGAAAUGAUGAGGUCACCAGUGAUUCUCCGUCCUCCACCGCUGUGCUGAUCAGAAGUGACGGAGCCGACCUCAGUGCAAGCCCCGUUCAACACGUGGAGGGUAACGGA